AUGAUGUUUUUCAAGUCCGUGGCCAUUGCUUCGCUGGCCCUUUUGGCUAAGCAGGCAUCCGCGGCCUUCGGGAUCACGACUAGCUCUGAUUCCUAUGUGAUCGAUGCUGGCUCCUCAAACCCCCUCAAGUUUACUGUCAGCCGGUCAAGCUGUGACAUUACUUCAAUCAAUUACUAUUCAGCUGAGCUUCAAUACCAGUCGACUGGGUCUCAUAUCGGAUCGAGUCUUGGUAGCGCAACUGUGUCUGCGACUCAGAGUGGCGACUACAUCAAAGUGACCUGCGAGACGUCCACCUUGACACAUUACUAUGUUGUCCGCAAAGGGGAUUCCACCAUCCACAUGGCGACAUACACAACUGAAGAACCCAGUAUUGGAGAACUUCGAUACAUCGCGCGCCUGAAUGCAGAUCUGCUCCCCAAUGAAGAGCCGUUCGGCGAUGUUUCUACUAUUGCCGGUGGUACUGUUAUUGAGGGCGAGGAUGUGACAGGUGUCUCUGGAAGCGCACACCGGGUCUGCAUGAUCCUGAAUCAAUACGAGACGUCCUCUGGCGGGCCUUUCCAACGCGAUAUCAACACCAACAAUGUCGGCUCUUACACUGGCCUCUACUGGUACAUGAACUCCGGACACGUUAAGACCGAAGACUUCCGCCAGGGCUUGCACGGCCCGUACUCGAUGACCUUCAGCCGGAGCGGUACCCCCAGUUCCAAACUUGACACAUCGUUCUUUGCCGACCUCGAUAUCAAAGGAUACGUCCCCACAUCUGCGAGAGGCUAUGUUAAGGGGACUGCGUCCGGGGCCGACUCGGCUUUCAAAUGGGUGGUUCACUGGCACAACGAUGCCGCACAGUACUGGACCUACGCUUCGUCUUCCGGGGAUUUCACCUCCCCCGCCAUGAAGCCCGGCACUUACACCAUGGUAUACUACCAGGGUGAAUAUCCCGUUGCCACCUCGGAGGUGACCGUCAGUGCCGGAAAGACCACAUCGAAGAGCAUCUCCGGCUCCGUGAAGACCGGAACAACAAUCUUCAGGAUUGGAGACUGGGACGGGACACCAAACGGCUUCCUCAACGCGGCAAACCAGCUCCGCAUGCAUCCCUCCGACAGCCGCAUGUCUUCCUGGUCCCCAGCCACCUACACAGUGGGCACCUCUAAAGUCUCAUCUUUCCCCAUGGCUCUCUUCAAAUCGGUGAAUUCACCUGUGACAAUUAAAUUUACCGCAACUUCGGAUCAGACCGGAGCUGCGACGCUGAGAAUUGGCACAACACUUGCCUUUGCCUCUGGCCGGCCCCAGGUUAAGGUCAACAGCUAUUCCGGUCCCACUCCGGCUGCCCCGACUAACCUCAACUCCCGCGGUGUGACCCGCGGCGCGUACAGAGGUCUCAGGCGAGGUUUACGAUGUUUCAAUUCCGGCUGGAACUAUCGUCGCUGGAUCUAA